AUGGAUUUCGACAGCUUAAAGAAUCAGGUCAGCAACCUGACCCUUUACGACCUCAAGGCUGGGGUUCGUAAAGUGCAAAAUGCGGUCAUGAACCUCACCGAGAUGGAGUCCAAGGUCCGAGAAGCAACAAACGGAGACCCUUGGGGUGCUUCUGCCUCUUUAAUGCAAGAGAUUGCUCAGGGAACUCACAAUUAUCAACAAUUGAAUGAGAUCAUGCCUAUGAUCUACAAACGCUUCACAGACAAAACUGCAGAAGAAUGGAGGCAGAUAUACAAGUUCCUGUGCAAGAAUGGUUCCGAGCGAGUCAUCGAUGAUGCCAGGUCACACCUCUCCCUCUUACGAAUGCUCCGUCAAUUUCACUACAUUGAUCCCAACGGUAAGGAUCAGGGUGUCAACGUCCGGAACCGAACCAACGAGCUGGUCAAGCUCCUUAGCGACGUGGAUGCCAUCCGAUUGGAAAGGAAGAAAGCGCGUAUGAACAAGAACAAAUACGGUGGUGUCGAAGGCGGCAUGGGUGUGGGAGGUGGAUUCUCGAGCGGUGGCGGUAGCCAGUAUGGUGGGUUUGGUAGCGAGACCAGCGGCUAUGGAGGCUAUCACGGAGAAGUGUAUGGGGAUGGCGGUGGGUUCGGCGGCCGAGAAACGGAUUUCUCAGGCACUCAGCGGCGUGCGGAUCAGUUCGAGGAGUAUGAUGAGGCAGAAGAAGUGCAGCCAACACGACCGACUCGGACUACGGCCACAAGGAGCACCCCUGCCGCCAGCGCCAAACCAGAAGCACCAAAGCCAAAAGUACCGGAACAAGACCUUUUUGAAUUCGGUGAUGAACCUGUGACGAGUUCUUCGAGCGGAAAGGCUCCAGCUAUGGUCGGCUUGACUACUAAUGCUGCUCCGGCCAACGACGACGAUGACGACUUUGACGACUUUCAAUCAGCCACACCCUCAGCAGCUCAACCAGCAAGCAACGCUCUGGCAGCUCUCUCACCUCCUCCCCCAACCACAUCAACAACCACCUCUUCGACCCAAUAUGCCGCUCCUACACCUCUUGCACCGGGUCAGAGUGCCAGCUUCAACAAUAUUCUCGGCACCAAGUCUCCCGCUCCGUCUGUGUCUUCAUCGAUACUGACACCGUCAGCCUCGACUCUGGCGUCACCUACGGGACCAAACCCCCCAGCGCCAACCUUCCCUGCGAGCACGGGAUUCAAGUCGACUGGGCCAAACUACUUUACGUCGGUACCUAUGACAGCAGGCCAACAAGCCCCAACACCAACAUCGUCCGCCCUGAACUCGCGACCAGGGGUGGCGCCUUCUUACACGUCAUCUACAUCAGCAGCAUCCUUAGGCAAACCCCCUGCGAAGGCAGCCUCUGGUAGUGGAGAUGCGUUCGGGUCCCUUUGGAGCACUGCCAGCUCAGCGGCAGGAGUGAACAAGACAGCCACCGCGGCCAAGGGACCGGACCUAGCGAGCCUGUCUAAAGCAAAGAGCCAAGCUGGCAUAUGGGGUGCAGCUUCGGCGGCAAGUUCAGCAGGCGUUGCUCGACCUGGCGGUGGUACUGUGGCUCCUCAGCCAACCACAGCGGCGAAGCCCGCCACGCCACUGGGCAAUGGCUUGGAUGAUCUGCUUGGGUGA